AUGUCCAGGCGGUAUGAUGCGAAGACAACGACUUUUAGUCCUGAAGGUCGACUGUAUCAGGUCGAAUAUGCGAUGGAAGCAGUCGGCCAAGCCGGUACCUGCCUCGGUAUUCUCGCUAAGGACGGCAUCGUAAUCGUGGCGGAGAAAAAGAACCAGCACAAGCUUCUUGACACGAACCCAUCUGUCGCUGAGAAGAUUUACAGAAUCGAUGAUCAUUUGGCCGUCGGCAUCGCUGGCAUCACUUCCGAUGCCAACGCGCUCAUCUCUCAGCUCAGACUUAUUGCCCAGCAGCACCGUUUGGUCUACCAAAACCCUAUGCCAGUUGAGCAGUUAGUCCGUCGAAUGGCUGACAACAAGCAGUACUUUACCAUGCACGGAGGUGUUCGACCCUAUGGCGUUUCCAUUCUCUACUGUGGUUGGGACAAGCAUCUUGGCUUCCAGCUCUAUCAGGGUGACCCAUCUGGCAACUACGGUGGCUGGAAGGCAACCUGCAUUGGCGGAAGCAGCCAGUCCGCCACCAGCAUGCUCGAACAAGACUACGACGAGAGCAUGGACUUGGAAAAGGCAAUCAACCUCGCCAUGAGCAUCUUCCUCAAGACUCUUGACACUCAGACUCUCAACGCUGAAAAGAUCGAGGUUUCUCUGAUCAAACGGGUCAACGGCACCGUCCAGUACACUGUCAUGAAACCAACUGACGUCAACAAAUACUGCAAAAAGGCUGAAGAGGAAAAGAAAAAGAAGGCCGAGGAGGAAGAGAAAAAGAGAAAGGAAAAAGCCGCCUCGUCCAAGAAGUAA